AUGAAGAACUUCCCGAAGCUAUCACAAUGAAAUCCCCCUUCCCUGUGAUUGUCAAAAUGUAUCAAUGAAAUCAAAAUUGAAGUCUGUGAUGCGGGAUUUGUGUACACAAAUCAUUUUGUCAUGCUAGAAGGGAAAGAUGUAGACACUGUAGUGCUGGGCGGCGUGGGAAUAUUAAAGCCUUGCGUUUUCAGCUUCACAGGAGGCAGGUGGAAGGGGGAAACAGCAGCACAAAUUGCCUGCAAACGAGGCCGCGACUGCGUUUCUUGUUGGCCUUCUAGCAAUAGUACAAGUCGAUAGGUGACCACAAAUCGCAUCACAAACUUCCGCUUUUGAUAUGGGGACGCGGGGCGUUUCACUCUGAUAGAAGCUGUGUCCGGCGGUAGUUGUGGGGUUCAGUCUGGGAGAUAUCGUGAAUGACGAUGAGGUGGAUUUCAAAGAGUAUAAGUUGACGAAGUUCAACGAGAACGCGGUCUGCUACGAGGUACUAUAAUUGUUCAACAACAAGACAAAAGUUAAAGUUCUGGCAACGAUCACAACUCAUGAUAGUUUGCAUUUUUGCAAUGCAAACCUAUUGCCUGAUAGUAUUUGCGCAAUGCAAACCUAUUGCCUGAUAGUAUUUUUGCAAGACAAAUCUUCUAAUUAUUCCAGGUCGCGUAUCUCCUCUACAACCGCGGGAAGUCCGCGGUGUGCCAGGAAACCGGGCCCUGGGUCCAGCCGUUUCUGGUGCAGAACAAAGACACGGCGCACCCGUACGAGAAGGUCUCCUUCGACGCGACCACUGCGGAAAUGAUGGGACACCCGAUGGGCCGAACGAUG